UUUUCUCUAUGCUUCUGGAGAACAGGGACCGGGAAUGGGAUUUUGGGGGAGGCGACGGUGGCAUUCGCGGUCACUUGAGAGGAUGGGAUUUGGGGCAUUCGCGGUCACGGUGCCGUUGUUGCUGGUUUGUCACCGCCUCACCGUCGCCAUCUGAUGAUGCAGCGGCCGCUCUGCUGAUGCAUUCUGUGGUUGCCGCCAUUGGAGUGUGCUUCGGGUUGAUGCGUGGUGGCGGGUGUGCUGCGACGUUAGUGGAGGAUCCCGCCUAUGUGGGGUCAACUGUUGUGCGUUCUUCCUGUAGGUGUUCUCCAAUGGCGUUGGCACUUCGGGGUCGUUGGGGUUGUGAGGUUGAAGAAUUUAGCCCUUUCAUGCAGGGUGAGGUUCUGUUAGAGAAGCAGAAGUGUAACGACCCUGCCGGAUCUAAGCAAGAGGGAGCUGUCAGGACCCAAGGACUACCAGCGAUGAUUAGCGCUGUUUCAAACAAGAAGAUUGGCGGGAAGCAACAGAAGCCGUCUAUCCAGGAUCCGACGCAUGACAGGCCAUCGUACCGAUUCGCUUUAAGUGAAGCCUCGGCAGCCGUUGAUCUCAGAUCGUGCGGUGAUAGUAGCCUCGAGCGUCACUGUCGCGCUUCCGGCACGAUCGCCCUCCUCUUCUUUCUUCUUUCUGCUUUACUUCUCCUCUUCUCUCUGUAAGGCUAUAUAAAGCCAUGAUCGAGCUCGUGUAGGGCAUCUUUUAUCUUUUCUAUGGUUUCCCCUUGUGCGCCGCCAGUGUUCCUUGCUGGUUUUGUAAUAUAACUCGGCCUUCGGCCUUAAAUCAGUGAGUAAAGUGGCUAG